AUGCAGCUCAAGAACCUCGCCCUCGCCGCCGGUGUCAGCGCCGUUGCCUCUGCUGCCCCCUCCACCCAGUCCAAGACAUUCGGUGUCGUUGCCAUUCACUCCGGCAGUGGAGUUCAGUACUCUGCCUUCAACGCCGCGAAGAGCAGCAUCUUCGCUGGCCUACCCAACCAGGGUGCCAGCUGUGCUCGUCCCAAGGAGCAGCAGGCCACUUUCUACAUCAACGACGGUGCUCUAUACCUCUAUGACCAGUCCGCCACUCCUCAGGAGAUCUACGUUGAUCGUUCCGGCAUGGGCCAGGGCAAGAUCGGAUACACCACUGGCGCUCAGCCCGCCCCCAAGAACGCAGAGCGCAAGGGUUGGACCCAGAAGGAUGGCCACCUCCAGUUCGGCGGUAACGACCUGAUUGCCUGCCCCAACAGCAUUGACGGUGCCUGGAGCAUCUGGGCCUCCGCGGGCGUCUCCAACCCCGCCGGCAACAAGGACUGCGUGGGCAUUGCCGCCCGCGUCGAGGAGACCGCUAAGCCCAACGGCUGCAGCUACACCUCCUAA